GACUCUCAUACUCACGAUGAGACGGAUUGUCUUGGUGGUGUUGGGCUUGGUCGUCGGGUCGGCCCACAGCAGCUGCCUGAGCGGAGGAUGUGGCGGAGGAUCCUCUGGUGGCGUCAGCAGCUCCUACGGAGGACCCACCAAUAGCUUCGGAGGAGGAGGAGGAUCCUUUGGAGGCGGAUCCUUCGGCGGAGGAUCCUUUGGUGGUGGUUCGUUCGGAGGAUCUGGAGGUAGCGGUGGAGGAGGAAUAAGUACCAGUUAUGUAGGACCUACGAAUAACUUCGGUGGAGGAGGAGGUGGCGGUGGAUCCUUCGGAGGAGGAUCUUUCGGAGGUGGUGGCGGAUCCUUCGGUGGGGGGUCCUCUGGAGGAGUAGGUACAAGUUACAGUGGACCAAGUAAUAACUUCGGAGGAGGAGGUGGCUCCUUCGGGGGAGGAUCCUUCGGUGGUGGUUCGUUCGGAGGAGGAUCUGGAGGUGGCGGAGGAGGAGUAAGUACCAGUUAUGGAGGACCAACCAAUAACUUCGGUGGAGGAGGAAGUGGCGGUGGGUCCUUUGGAGGAGGAGGAUCCUUCGGUGGAGGAUCCUUCGGUGGCGGGUCCUCUGGUGGAGUAGGUACAAGUUAUAGCGGACCAAGUAAUAACUUUGGAGGAGGUGGCGGCGGAUCCUUCGGAAGUGGUGGAGGAUCCUUCGGUGGAGGCGGCGGAGGAGGAUCCUUCGGCGGGGGAGUGAGCAACACUUACAGCGGCCCAAGCAAUAACUUCGGAGGCGGUGGAGGAGGAUUCGGUGGUGGAUCCUUCGGAGGAGGAGGCGGUGGAUCCUUCGGAGGAGGAGGCGGUGGGUCCUUCGGAGGCUCAGGUGGCGGCGUAUCGGGUGGUUACCUUCCGCCCGUCGGGAAGUAGGAUUCCCCUAGUGUGGGUCUCCUCUGCCGGAAGCAAAAAAUGUACAGUAAUCAAAUAGUAAUAAAAGUUCAAGAAUAAAUACUUUUCAGAGA